AUGUCGGAGUUUUUUGACAUCAGAACUACAAAUGAACGGAAAAGAGAAAUUGAGUCCUUGCUGAAUAAUUUUGCUCAGACAAAAGAUGCGUGGCGUCACAGCUUGUUUUUCAUUAGCCACACUGGCAAUGAAUAUGUCAUCAUGUACUGUCUCAAUGUCCUUGAGAAUCUAAUCAACAAGCAAUGGUUGGGGUUUGAUGGCCAGGACAAGAUCAAGAUUCGCAACACUCUGAACCAGUUCCUGUUGAUUCACCAUACUGUUGUACCCUCGUACAUCAGGAAUAAGAUUGUUAAACUGGUUGUGGACAUCGGAAGGAUUGACUGGCCACAUUUCUACCCAGACUUUUUUCCAAGUAUUUUACAGCUUGCCCAGGGUCAAGACACCACAAUGUUGGGUGUGAUACUACUACAGACAGCGUCCGAGGAACUGGCCGCCCCCCGGGAAGACCUGAGCAUGGCCAGGAAGGAGGAACUCCACCGACUGCUGCUGGUGCAGGUGCCCAACGUCCUCAGUAUACUGAACAAUCUUCUAGAAACAGUGCUUGAAAAGCAUCGCCACCUAGUGGCAGCCACUCCUCCACCUUCACCGACACAGGGGGACAGCAGCAUUAGUCGCAGAUCUUCUCUAAUGCUCUUCUCUUCUUCACCUAUCAGAUCAGAUACUCUUCUAAGCAGUAUGUUCAAGUCCCCAAUCCGAGGCACACGCAUGGAAGCUCUCCCCCCCCUGGAUGAUGAGUCCCAGCAGUUGUGUUCCGCUGCCCUCUCCCUGGCCCACUACUUCAGCUGGAUCCCGCUCUCCGCAACCAUCACCCCCACUCUGCUCAGCACCAUCUUCCACUAUGCAGGAUUUGGCUGCGAGGUGCGCAACAACCGGGCAUCCAGUCCGAACAUGUCCUUCUCCAACAGUACUCAGUGUCUGGGUGUGCUGGCCAUGAACUGUGUCAAUGAGCUGCUGUCCAAGAACUGUGUCCCACAGGAGUUUGAGGACUUCCUGCUACAGAUGUUUCAGCAGACAUUUUACCUGUUACAAAAGAUGACAAAGGAGAGCUCUACUAAUCCAACAGGAAACAGAUUAGCAGAACUCGAAGAUAGUUACGUGGAGAAAUUCACUGAUUUUUUGCGACUCUUUGUCAGUAUACACUUGCGUCGUUUUGAGGGCAGUGCACAGUUUCCUGUAUUAGAAUUCCUUGCUCUUCUCUUCAAGUAUACCUUCAGACAGCCUGGCAAUGAUGGAUUCUUCAACUGUCUGGACAUCUGGAACACCUUUCUGGACUACCUGCUGACCAAACUCCAGGAGAGGUCGGCAGAUGGACUCAGCAUAGUCAGCAGGUACCAGGAAGCUCUGUUGUCCCUGGUGUCUCACAUCCUGCAGAAGUUCCAGUUCCGCUUCAACCAGUCUCAGCUAGAGGAGCUGGAUGACGACACGCUCGAUGAUGAUUCUGAGACAGAGUGGCAACACUUCCUUCGUCAGUGUCUCGAAGUAAUAGCCAAGGUUGCUGAACUCCUCACAGCAGAGACUUUCCAGCUCAUAUGGGAGCCUUUCAAGGAUUACAUGAAUGUGUACAUGGGGCUGGAGACAUGCGUGACAAACGGCAUGCAGGGCCGUCGGCUCAAUAUCACUGGCGAGAACGAGUGUCGGAGACUUCACUGCACACUGAGAGAUCUGUCGUCCCUACUGCAGGCACUUGGGAGGCUGGCAGAUCACUUCAUUGGGGAGAAGUUUGCCCACAGAUACACCAUUGCCCAAGUUCUGGUGGACAAAUUGGUGGAGACAGUGACAUAUGGAAGUAAACACAAGCUGUUUGAAGUGACAUCGGUAGCUCAGUCUGUGCUGCAGCCGGACUUCAUUCAAGUUCAUUCUCAGGCUAUGGCAGCCAUCAAGGCAUAUGCUCAUUGGCUGGCUCAACUUUAUGGAGAGUCUCAACGAACCAAUCAGGAGAAAGAGAAGCUGUACAACCUCAUCGUCAAGCUUAUUGAUGCAGUUGCACCUCUAAUAAAUAAGGAGGUUCCAGAGAGAGUGGCUCACUCUGCUGCCCACUUGUUUCUAUCGAUGGCCACAACAGUGAGGCCAUCCUUCCUCAUACAGCUUCCUAGCAUGCAGACCCUGUACAACAUGGCCAGUCAGGGAGCCUUCACGUCUCUCAAGCAGGAGAUCCAGCUGCUAAUGUGCCGGUCGUUGUCCCACUAUCUGUUGCUACCCUGGCCGGGAUUACCAGACUCCGAGCAGAACUGGGUGAACAGAGCGUCACAUCAUCAGAGUUUUAUACAGUCUCUCACCGCACGCUACAUUCAGGUCAAAACAAUGGCAGACCUGGCAGACAAUAAAGUUCUACAGCAAGAAGUCAAGCCUGUGAUCAGGGUGACAUUACAGAUCAUGCAAGAUUUGAUCGAGUCAUUAGCCGGAGAAGUGGUGAAAUCCAAGCAGAUCUGCUACCAGUCGCUUCAGGAGUCAAUACAGAUGACACUUACUAUCUUCCCCAUAUAUAUACAACAGACAGAUGUAGUCGAUGACAUUAUGAGUUUCUUCCUAGCACUUUUUCAAGGUUUACGGGUUCAGAUGGGAGUCCCUUUCACGGAACAGGCGAUAAGGACGUUCAUGAACCUCUUCUCCAGGGAACAACUUGCUGAGACAAUAAACCAGGAAAGCUCAACAGGAUUCAGAGUUAUAGAAAAGUUUUUGAAAAUCCUUCAGCUCAUUGUCCAGGAACCAAGUUCAUCCUUCAAAUCCUUUCUCCCUCAAAUACUCAGUAUAUGUCUGGAUCAGAUCUACCCUAUAAUAGCCCAGAGACCAGCCCCCGACAUCAAGUCAGUAUUAUAUGAACUGCUCCAUGAAUUGAUGAUGAACAACUGGCGGUACUUUUUCAAGAGGUCAGCCAUUUCGACUCUCAACAACCAGUCUGAACAGGUGGAGAAUGGCUCCCAGUUCACCACUAUUAUGCAGUCAUAUGGACAGUCAUUCCUGCAGGCUGAUAUUGCAAUAUUUAAACAGAACCUUGAAUCAUUAGAAAGCCUCAACUCCAAAUGGAAACUGUAUCAUAAGAAAAUCUUCAUGGAGAUGAUGCUCUGCCAGUUCCUGAACGUGCUGAUCCAGGUGUUGGUGCAGAAGUCCCAUGACCUGCUACAGGAGGAGAUUGUCAUCACCGUCUACAACAUGGCGUCCAUCGACUUUGAUGGCUUCUACUCAACCUACCUGCCACAAUUCCUCACCAACAUGGAGGGCCUUGACGACAACCAGAAGACUGUGCUGGCUCACAACUUCAAGAUGGACUCAGAUCUGCCUUCCUUCACUCAGAGCACGCACCGGUUUGUGAAUGACAUACGUUACUACAGACUCAUCAACAAUAGUUUGCCAGAAGGCUCCGUCAAGUUUUAAGACAUAUACCACAUAUGUCCUCAGAGGAUGUUGAUGAAUAAAUAACCUCUGGACUGAACAGGUCAUUUUCCCGAAGAGGAAUCACCUGCUUGAAGUUUGUGGAGAUCAUUUCAUCAGAUGUACCAAACUAUGAUCAAGUUUUCCUAUGAAUGGUUCAGUGUGCUAUAUCCUGGUGAUGAUGCAGUCAGUUGGCCUGCAAGAUUCAACAGAGAGUUAGGAUUGCCAGGUGCAUUCCUGCUGCAGUUGUCUCCCUUUGUCCAACUCCAUCUAUAAGCAUUCUGGAGAUAUAGACAGCAGUAUUUUAGAGGUUAUUAGUGUCAAGACAUUUUGUAUGAAAGCUUGGUCCUCCAAAAGACAGAAGUGAUGUAUUUUCAGCAGGACUAGUUAAUACUCAAGCCUGUCAUCCACACUUUCAAGUUGGGUUAAGCCUGUAGAAAUAUUAAAGUGGUGAGCCACAGAACCUGAUCAGAUAAAGUUAUUUUGAAACAGGUAUUGGUGGAUUUGCUGAAGGAUUUGAUGCGUGAAGUGUGUCUGUUUUAUGUAUGGUGGGGACAAUGUGACCGGGAGAGUGUGUGUGUAUAGGUGUCUCACAGGGCUAGACCCACGCAGACCGUGUACAGGUGUAAAUACUACUGUCCAUAUUGUAUAUUACUGUGGAAUGAGUGUGACGUAUGUAGCACUGGCUGACAGUGCUGUGUUGUCAGAUGAGCCAGACAGAGGGCAGCGACAAUCAAAGAUGUAUACUCACCUGAAGUGAGACGAGAGGUGUUUCAGAGUACUUGUCAUGUGUGAUUCAGUUGGACUGUUAGAAUAGACAAUCUUAUAAGGUGAACGAAAAGGGUUUCAUGUAUGAUAUUCUGUACAGGCAUUUUCUGAAAUCUGUUGCAGGUAUUACCAAUGCCGUGAUUCACUUAUUCCCUUCAUCAUGACAAAAACCAUUAGCUGUUAACCAUACUGGUGCUCGUGACACUUCACUCACAUGAGUGGUGGUACACCCUGUGUCGCUUUAAUCACAUACUGUGCUGACUCGCCUUCACAUAACGGAAUACUGUGGAAAUUGACAUCAUUCCCAACACACACAAUGCUUAUGUGGUCAAGAUUGCCAGUAGUGAAAUAAUGUCUCAUGUCCAUGUUAUUUGUAUCACCUGAAGCAUGCAGCUGUACCCUUGUGCUCCAAACCUUCGCUCAUCUCACAGAAGUCCCAUUCAGAGAAGCCUGUUGCCAUAGAAUCAAGAGGUAGUUUGGUAUCUAUAUGAAGUACAUGCUAUGCAGCUUUCUUGCAAAUGCCAAUAAUUGUUGCAUUCCCUCAAAUGUCGAUGUUUUCCAUGCUAAGGUAAUUAACGAGUGACCCAGUCAGAAUAUUUCAGCAAACGUGUCUGUAGUAAAAGGUUUGGAAUACUUAAAGAAAUGAGCCAUUACUCUUUCAUGUUUUUAGGAUAUUUAGAUCCUUAUAACAUUUGCAAUUGAAUUGUACAAAAAGAAAGAUAUUGUGGAAAAAAUUUCCUGAAAAUUGACCUGAAUACUGUCCAUAGCUUUGAUAGAAGUUUUUUUGUUGAAGAAUGAUGGAUGAUGUGUCUCAUCAGACUUUCUGAUUAUUCAGUCCUGUUGCGUGAUAAACAGGCCACAACAAGCUAUGGUAAUUGCCACGCUGUUAUAGUUCAUGAAUCAAUGGCUUGUGUAGUGUUCUUGGCCUGUGUGCUCAAAGCUGUCUGACUGCAAGACUAUUGAAAGUCUAAUAUAAACUAAGCAUUGGAUUUGUCUGUGGUAGGGUUAGUUAACUGUGUGUGAAGACAGAAACCGGUGUAUAAUGUUAAUGCUUUAUUUCAACAGAGUGAAGAAUGAGCCCUUAUGUCUCUUGUUGUACUAUCACGUCAUUGAUAUACCGGUUGAUCAUAUGUACAGUGUUCGUAGCUCAUCUAUGUGUAUGACAUGUAUUGUAUGAUGUUGUACUGUGUUUCCAAACUCCCUCAACUCCAUGACAUGCUCAAACAGACUGUUACCUAUCAGCAUUCUCAAGGCGCUUGUAUUGUUAUUCAUUCCCACUGGGAGUCAACUGAGAACUGCUUGUGCUGUACACUGCAUGACAGACCUGUCUUCACCAUUCUUCAACUUGGCUUCUCGGUAUACUUUUCAAAUCCGGAGUCAAAAUCAAACUGCAAAAUAUCUGUAGGAACAUAUAUUUGAAAUGUGAUGCUUACAGUAAACUGCAAACAUUCACGGAUUGUGUGUCCACAGUGAAAUCUUUGCUUAGCCGAUAAGUUGAGUGACACCCUGUUCAUCCAGACAACCAUGUUCCCUCUGAAUUCAUCCUGUAAUAAAAAUGUCUGGAAGAGCAGAUCAUGACUAAUGUGACUUUAUGUAAGUGUUCCCUGCAUCUGUGGAAGAUGGGCUUCUGAACCAACAGGGUCCAGAUUAACAAAGUUUCACAGUACGUUCGGUAUGAUUGAUUGAACACCUUGCUGGAAGAUAUAUUGCUUUUUGUGAAGUUUCGAACAGGCAGAACUGUAAAUUGAAGUGCUGAUACUUGUGUUGUGCAGGAGAGCAGAAGAGUCCUGGCUGUAUAUUUGAAGGACAUGAUUGUCCGUUCCUGGGUAGAAGAGGUCUUCUGUGUGUGCUGAGGUUGACAUGUUGUUUGCUGUUGCUAAGUGCCAUCAAAAUCAAAGUGCCAAAUGUGAUGCUUUAUGCGUUUCAUAAUUGUCUGUUGAUAUGUAUUGUGUUCAGUGACUGUAUCAUGAACAACCCAGAAAAAGCUACUGGUGUGAAUGUGUGCAUGGUUUUCUCUGUGGACGGUUGUGUGUUACAGGUGUGGGAUCAUACAGGUGUAUAUUUACAUAGGACCACCCUCCAUGUUCUUGUCACAUGUAUCCAGCAGAUGGAUAGCUGCUGAAGCUUUAGGACUGCAGUAACUGACCGAAGCUCAGGUCGCCUUAGGACGUGCCAUUUGGUUGUCUUGAUUUAUGUGUAAUGGUAUCAACGACAUGAUUUUAAAGUGAGUAGUACCAAUUUCUGACAUUGUACAAGGAGUCAAUUUUUAAAUGUUUUAAAAACAAAUAUACUGUAAACGAUCCCUCCAUCUUUGCAUAUUGACCAAGAAAUUUUGUUAUAGAAGAAAAUGUCGUGAGUUUUUUAUCUUCCAAUGAUGGGCCAGGGCUUCCCACCACAAUGUGUGCUAUCCUGUUGUAUGUAUAUGGUAGCGUGUUGUGUAUCUUACCAAACCAUUGAGAGAUGUUUUGAUCUGUGUCACUUGUAAGGCUGGAACAAUUCAUUGAUGAAUUCGUGCACCCUGGUAUUUGUUGUUAUUCAUGUGAUGCAGGUUCCUCUUUAUUUAUUUGUAUGUUUAUAUGUUGGGAAAGUGUUAAACAGAUUUGUUUUCCUUUGUUUGUUACGAAAUUAGACAUAUAUGUGUUCACACUUUUGUUUUAGUAGUGUAUAUUGUGUAAGGUAUCUUGAACUUAGUGUGGCAUCGUGUGUUAUCGUGACUGUAUCAUCUCUGCCCUACAUCACUACAGUGGUUAGAGAACCCACCAUUUGCAGCAGUAGGCAUGGUAGUAUUGUGAGAGUGUGUAGAGGUUGACCAGCUAUGCAGCUCAUACAACGGAGACUAUCUCCUUAACUAACCACUCAUCCCACCUCGUAUGCAGUAAGUCAGGCAGUCAGUUCUACUGGGAGACCUGCUGAUGGGACCAGCGCUCAAUCGGAUGUGACCAGGGCCAGAAGGAUCCAAAUCAUAGCAGUGUACAACUUUCACUGUUUGUUGGGGUACACAUUUCUGUUAGGCACUGUGAUUCACUGUGCAGUUGUGCCCCUUUCAUAUGCGAGAAAUCUUUGAUUGUUGGUUUGAAUCCGAGAUUCAUCUUGUUCAUAUUUCUUGGUUCAUCAGCACCAUACAUGUUCUUGUGGUUUUCAUCAAAGUAGUAAAUAUCUGAGAUCUCCUUCAGUCAGGCAGACAGUGUGUCUAAACUGAAUGUGACUAUGGUUAGUGUUGGUAUCGAGACUGACUGCUACUAUGGCUAGUGUUGGUAUCAACAUUCACUGCUAAUGUGACUUGUGUUAGUGUCACCACUGACUGCUGAUACUAGUGUUAGUGUCACCACUGACUGCUAAUGUGAUUGUCACCACUGACUGCUAAUGUGACUAGUGUUAGUGUCA